CCUCGAGUGGCCGCUAGGUUGUGGAAGAGUCCAGUCUCUCAGACGCGAAGCUGCUGCAGCAUGCAUGUAAAUAAAGAGUGUAACUUUCUCAUUUUGCGGUAAAUAAUCUAUAAAAAUGGGGAAACGGGACAACCGAGUGCCCUACAUGAACCCCAUAGCUGCUGCCCGAGCCAGAGGACCCACGCCUGCCAGCGGCCCCUCGAUCCAGGAUUAUCUCAGCAGACCUCGACCAACAUGGGAGGAAGUAAAGGAGCAGCUGGAGAAGAAGAAGAAAGGCUCGAGAGCUCUGGCAGACUUUGAGGAUAAAAUGAAUGAGAGAUGGAAGAAGGAACUGGAGAAAAACCGCGAAAAAAUCCUCGGAGGAGGUGAGAAGAAGGACAAGGAGAAAGAUAAGGAGAAGGAGAAGAAAGAGAAAGAAAAGGAGAAAGACAAGAAAGAGAAAAAGAAAAAGGAAAAGAAAAAAUCCAGUAGGCAUUCUUCGUCUUCUUCUUCCUCCUCCUCAUCGAGUUCUGAUUCCUCCAGCAGCUCGUCAUCCGAGUCUGAAGACGAGGAUGAAAAGAAGAGCGUGAAGAAGAAACGAAAAAGAAAGCGAUCCUCGGCACGGAGAGCUUCAGACGAAUCGGACGCAGAAUCCGAUACAGACAGCAAGGGGUCAUCAAAAAAGAAAAAGAAAAAGCUCAGGGAGGAAGGAGAGAAAGAUAAGGAGGAAAAGGGCAAAAAAGACGAGUCCGAGUUAGACGACGAUGGAGAAUCCAGAAAGAAGAAGCGGAGCAGCGAAGAGAAGGAGAAGAGCACAGACAAAUCGAAGAAAAAGAAGAAGCGGAAGCACAAAAAGCACAGCAAGAAGAAAAAGAAGAAGAGCUCAGGAUCGGACGUAGAAAAGAGUGCAGGAGUGUGACUGCGUAUUUGUACAGAACCCUUUCCCCCUGUCGCCGGAGAACCCCACCGAUGUCUACCAGUGGGACUGUGAAAGCUGCUGAGGUGUAGCAGUGCGUCUGAGUGGAUGGAUGGGUCGUGUGCUGGCUGUUUGAGAGCGGCUGUGAGAGAGGGUUUUUUUUUUUUUUUUCUUUUUUUUUUUUUUUUAGCAGAUGAUUGUGUGUCCCAAUAAAGAGCUGUUCUAACAUUGGCCUGUCAGAUGCAAUAUGUGCACAAUGGGAUUUUAAAGGAGCAGUUUGUAAAUAGAAAAAGCAGCCUGAACCAAAAAAAAAAAGAAAGAAAAAGGAAUGGGCUUUGAGAAUUCUCACUCUUCAAAAUGACAUACUGCACUUUUAAAUAGGAAACCCAUCAAACAA